AUGAUCUACAAACCUUUGCAAUGGUUGUUUAGAAUCGUCGGGAUAGCUCCCUGCAACUCCGCCACCGACAAGUACUUCAUCGUGCUACCGGUGUUGGCGUCUGCAUCUUUCUGGGUGUACGAGGACUUCCAUAGAGUGCACAGAGAAGGCAUGAUUGACACGAUAUUGCGGAUAAACACGGCAGCUUACUGUGUGGCUCCUUUGGUAUUCAUCAUCUACAACCACUGCAACAGACAGGUCUACACGGACAUCCUGCGACAUUUAGCAGCUGCGGACAGUGAGCUCGGGGCUCAACACGACUUCAGACUACAGAAGAUUGUGUUCAUCCUCUUCGUCGCUUUCUGCAGCAUCAAGUUUGUCGUGAGUGCAGUGAUGACGCUGAGGUGGAACUCGUUCGUCCAAGUAAGAAUGCUUGCCAGCGUGCUCGUGUUGGUUCCACAGUUACAACACACGGUGUUGGUCAUUCUACUGCGACACCAGUUCUCCGCACUCAACAAUCUGAUCGCUGAUAUCACUGCUGAUGUCGACAACACUCCUCAGCACACCGUCAGCUCUCGCCUCGACUUCGUGUUCCGCCUCCACACCCACCUGCACGUCGUCGUGUGGGACGUCAACACACACUUCUGCAUCUACAAUCUGCUCAGUGUGUUGGCCAGGCUAUUCUACGUGCUUCUCAGGAUGUACGAAUAUCUGUUGAUUCUGUCUGGUGGUAUUUCACCCUGGAAUCCUUUACGACUGAGUGUCGCUACACUCAAUACGAUAUCGUUCAUUGUACAAUGCCUGCUCUGCCAUGCCGGUGCUCGAGAAGCCAACCGUACCGCACUGCUCUGUCAUCGUCUACUGCGGCCUGAUACUCCAGUGCAGCUCUGGGAACAGGUCGGCAUAUUCUCCAGACUGUCCCUACACAACAAGGUACGCUUCUCUGUCGGUGGCAUCUUCAGCCUUGAUCGUCCAUUCAUCGCCAAGAUGUCCACGACAGCGUUGUCAUACCUAAUCAUUGCCGUUCAACUAACAGAUGUGCAGCCGUCAAAUUCCACCUCUGGCAAUUAA